AGGAAGAGCCUGCUGCGUGCUCACAACCCGAGGACAGCAGUCGGUCAGGGGCUUCUGGGGCCCAGUCACAGCCUGCAGCCUCCUCUGCAGGAAAGCGGAGCAUGGGAGGCCGGAAGAAAGCAAGAGAUGAGGAAAGCGCCUACGGUUCCAAGGACGCCACGCAGGUCCUGCAGGAGCGCCGGCUGAGGCUGAUCCUGGCCGGGAGGUCAGGGACAGGCAAGAGCGCCACUGGGAACAGCAUCCUGGGCGAGAGACGCUUCCUCUCCAGGCUGGCAGCCACCUCGGUGACCAGAACCUGCGAGGUGGGGAGCUGCACGUGGGGUCAGUGGCUCGUGGAAGUCAUGGACACCCCGGACCUUUUCAGCCCCCGGGUCGCCAAGACAGACCCGGGGUGCAAGGAGCGGACACGCUGCUACCUGCUGUCGGCACCCGGGCCCCACGCGGUGGUCCUGGUGACUCAGCUGGGCCGCUUCACGGCGCAGGACCAGGAGGCCCUGAGGGCACUGAAGAAACUGUUCGGGCGCCGUGUGUUGGCGCGCACCGUGGUGCUGUUCACGCGCAAGGAGGACCUGGCGGGCGGCUCGCUGCAGGAGUACGUGCGUGACACGGACAACCGCGCGCUGCGCCGGCUGGUGGCCAAGUGCGGGGGCCACGUGUGCGCCUUCAACAACAGGGCGGUGGGCGCGGAGCAGGAAGCCCAGGUGCAGGAGCUGCUGCAGAUGGUGGAGCGCCUGGUGAGCGACCACUCUGGCAAACACUUCACCAACAAGGUGUAUCGCCUGGCGCAGAAGCUGGCCACAAACCCACAGAAGCAGAGUGACAAGGUGACCAAGAAGCUGGCGGGCCGGAAGCAGGGCUUGCUCAGGCGGUUGUUCCCGGCUGCCAGGCAGGGAAGCUGAUCGGACCCCGCUGCUGGGCUCCCUGGCCAUUCUCUGGCUGGUGUUCGCCAGACACCGGCCUGAGGCCAAGCGGAGGUCCUCAGUGACAGGCUGCAGAGAUGAAGUUGACGCGUCGGCUGAGCAUCACACGCCUCCCUGGUGUCUGUCCCUCCAGGGUCCGCAUGCUUUCUAUGUGUCCCUCCCCUGGCAGUGAUACAUCAAGGGCAAAACGCCGCCAGGGCCUGUCUCCCCGCAGAACGUGCCCGUGUGACCUGGCCCUCUCUGAGCUCCUUUCUUACUUAAGCCACAUAACUGUCGCCCCUUUUGCCUGCCUUCUACUGACCUCAGGCUCCUGUCCCCUGUCAGGGAAUCAGCCCCCAUCUGCCCACGGGGCCACGGGCGGGAACCAACACAGAGACUCAGUCCACGCCCGUUUGUUCCCAUUGACCAGGCCCUGAAUGAAUAAAUGCACUGGGCGCUCACGCUGUGUUGUCGGAAGUCAGCCUCUGUAGCUGUCGGUUCCCCUGCCUGAUCCCCGCAUUGAACGAGGACACUACUCUGUCAGCCCCAGCCCCACCUGCAAAACCACACACGUGCCCAAGUGCAGUGACACGCGUGCGCGCACACAUGCACUGGGGGUUGU